AGUGAAAGUGAAACAGACUGAAACUUCACAGACAGUGAGUUUCCUCGCAUGAGUCCUUUGCUGUUGGGCCUCAGUGGGCAGGUGGUGCUGAAGAUGAUCUGGUUUGCCUAUAACCGAGCUCGUUGUCUUAUUGAGUGGUUGUGGCGCAUCACCCGGGGUUUCUUCUUGUGCUGUUUUACAAGAGUCUUCACUCCAAUAGCCAGAUACGUACUGUCAGCGAUAGGCUGGCGGGAGGAGCACGGAAGCCGAAAUGAACCUGAAGUAAACGACGAAAACAAACCUCAAACAACCGGUUCACAAGACGAUCGGGUCGAGGAACCCGUGGGUCAGUGGGAGGCAGGGAGGCUGACCGCGGGCUUCGACCGAAAGGCUGAAGAAAGGGAGGAGGAGGACGCGGAGGAAGAGGAGGACGAGUUUGACCAAGAGGAGUACCAGGUUGACCCUUCAGAUGAGUUGUACUGUGGCUACGAUUCAACCUGGGAGACUGGGGAGGAUCAGAGCAGCACACACCGGAGGGGCAGGCGGCCAGGAGCCUCCAGACACCAGUACAAGUUUAGCAGAUUUGAAAAUGCCUCAAGAGACAUGCAGAACUACAGACAUGACUACCCUUCCCAGAUCAGGCGGCAGCCCUGGAACCAGAACAUGUCCUCUGAUGACAAGCCUAAUCUGGGAUUCUACCUCGGAAAUAAUCCCUCUUUACCUGACGGUCUCUACAUACACAAUUUCCACAAUGACUGGAAAGGAGAGUAUAACACACUGGAGUGUGUACAUACUUUUAUUCAGUGGUUGUUCCCGCUGCAGGAACCAGGGAUGAACCAUGAGGCCAGCACACUGACAAAAGAAGAAAUUAAGGAGUUUCUCAAAAGCAGCACUGCAAAGGAAAAUCUGCUGAAGUCAUACGAGCUGAUGUUGGACUUCUAUGGUAUCGAGUUGUGUGAUAAGGAAACAGGAGAAGUCAAGAGGGCGUCAAACUGGAGACAGAGAUUCUCCAACCUGAACAACCACACUCAUAACAACCUGCGCAUCACCCGCAUCCUGAAGUGCCUGGGAACCCUGGGGUACCCCCACUACCAAGCCCCGCUGGUUCACUUCUUCCUGGAGGAGACUCUGGUCCAUGGAGAGCUUCCAAAUGUCAAAGAGAGUGUCCUUAACUUCUUCGUGUUUUCUGUCCUUGAUAAGAAGCAACGCAGGAAACUCAUCAAGUUCGCUUACUUGAAUUAUGACGCUAAAGAUGAGUUUGUGUGGUGCCCAAGGAAAAUCCAGAUCCUGUGGUCAGAGCCACACAGAGGAGUGCAUGGUAGAAAAGAUGGUUUUGAGCAUUACCCAGAUCAGAAGCAGUAUCAGAUAUGACACCUUCAAAUUAAACUGUCAAAGCAUGUGCCUUAUAUCUGAUGAUGGUGAUGACAACCUAUCACUAAACCCUGAAAACCUGAUGAGUAAACACUGCGUCUGUAGAGCAACAGUUAAAAUAGAUUUGCCCUCACAGCAGCUGGUGGAAGGGGCCACAAAGCAUAAAGAACUUGUGCAAGUCUGCCAAAUUAAUGAGGGUAAAAUAUCCAGCCUCAGGGUCAUAGCAGGAAAAGACACGGUCAGUUAUGGUACAUCAUCCAGUAGUGCACAUGCACACUAACUUGAUAUCAUUUAACUUUUCUUACUACUUCAUACAGUGGUUUAUUAGUCUUUACAGACUGAAUCAAAUAUAUUGCAGUUAUAUAUGCAAAUGUGUUUGUUUACUAAUGUUUGGGAUUUCUGGAUUUUUUUUUCUUGUUUUAUUCUUACUCUUUCACUUUCACAAACAAAAAUGUGCAGAAUUCUUAAAAGGAUUGAUUUGUUUUAGGUUAAAAGUGGCACUGUAAUAUGUUAUCGUGUGGGUAGGUGGGACACAUGAAGAAUUAAGAGUCACUUGUUACCUUCACUGUGAUUAAUAAAGCGUAAACGAUUGUUCCCAA